UCCAUUUGGGUGGUGUCUGCAGUUGUUGGGAGAGUAAAAGAACAAAAAGAAAGAAUUCAGUGUUUCUCUUUUUGCUUUUUAAUGCUCGAGAAAGAAUACCUCUAGUGUAAAGAAUUGGUGUCUGCAGUAGCCACUGCUCCUUUUCUGAAAAUGCCUCCUUAAAUGAACUAACCCGUGUCUGAUUCUGUGUUGCAAACAGACCUGAAUGUGGUUUCCUGUCUGUGCUUCUCUCCAGCAUAAAACUGUAGGGAGUAACUACAGAGACUGACUUCCUCCCAGAUGUUCAGCAUGCUCGGCUGGUGGAGCCAAGGUUUCUGGAGGCCACGUUGGACAUUAUCAAACUCCAGCUAGAACCUCGUGUUUCUCUGUUUCUUCAGCCUUCUGUACAGGUGCUGUCUGCAAAGGUCUAGUCCAUUGGGUGUUAGAGGCAUACAUCACAGAACAUCCUACUUCAUGCAAAGAAAAAGCAUGAAAAUCCUGCGCUACUUUUCUCAGGUCCCCAAGGAGCAGAAUGAUCCCAUAAUUUCUCAAAGGAAAAUGGAAUGUAGAAAAAGACCAAAGGAGUUGGGCAAAAACCAGGACCAAAGAUCACACUGCGAUCAAAAAGCUCCACGAGUUCAGAACUCUUUCCAAAAUACAACAAUUACCAUCACCUUUGGUGUGAACCAUGCAGUCUGUGAGGUAGCAGAUAAGGGGACAGAUAGCUUAUAUGAGGCGCUGAACACCCUUGACCUUGUCAAAAGAGAGAUAGAAAGGCAGGCAGGCAAAGAAAUGCUGGUGUGUGGCAAAGAAGGAAUAGAAGGGUACAUAAACCUCGGUAUGCCCCUCCGUUGUUUUCCACAAGGCAGCCAUGUGGUCAUUACAUUUUCCCAAACUGAAAGUGAGGAGAAAGAAGACAAUGAAGUGUGUGGCCGCUUUGACCAGUCAUCUGUUGAGUGUGUUGUAUUUUACAUUCAUGCGGUCGGGAAUGGGGAGCAAAGAAUUUUGAGGUGCAGGGAACUUCACGAGGAGGGCACCAAACUCUGUGUCUAUGGCUUCAAAGGAGAGACCAUCAAGACCACUCUGCGGAAGGAUGGCAGGUUUCUCUCUUUUGUAGAGAGUGACCAUUGGAAACUUAUUACCAAUGACACCAUCGUAGCAAACAGCCAGCCAGUUGAUGUCUUAGAGGGUAAGCUCUUUCAGAUUGAUGUUGAGAGAAAGAAGAGCCCUUGGAAGGCAGUGGCAACUCAGAAAUCUGAGUUAGAGGACAGAAACUUCACGAUAUUAAAAGAAUACAUUGUGAAUUUGUACCUCACAUUAAAAAGAGAACGGGAAGAACUGAGAACAUACAUCAAGGAAGAGAGUGAGAAAAGAGAGAACACUUCCUUACUCAAAGCACAUAGAGAAAACUUCAGGAAGCUGACCCAAAGCUCCAUCCCAGGUAAAGUCCUCAAACUUCUUUCCCAGCUCAGUGACUCAGUUGGGUUCAUAGUUUGGAACAACAAUGGAAACAGGGGUAGUGCUACUUGCUUCCUUUUUAAAGGGCUGUACAUUUUCACUUGCCGACAUGUAAUAGAUGACGUAGUAGGGGAAGGCAUAGAGCCAAGUAAGUGGGCAGAUAUAAUUGGGCAGUGUAUAAGAGUGACGUUUGAUUUUCAAGUGUUCCCUGUCAAAGAAGACAGCUAUCAUUUUGUUGAACCUUGGUUUGAGGUGUCUGAUGUCACUCUUGACUAUGCUGUCCUGAAACUGAAGGAAAGAGGACAGCACAUCCCUACAGGACUCGGUAAUGGAACACCUUCUGAAUCACUUAGUGGAUUUCUGUUUAUGAUUGGUCAUCCAGAUGGAAAAUACAAGGUUGUUGAUGGUUGUACUGUGAUGCCUGAAGGCAAGCAAAGAAGGGAAUGUGAGGAUAUUCGUGGAAGAGAAGCAGUGGGUAGCUGGGAUCCUUUGCAGUAUAUCUAUAUGUACACCCAAAGAAGUUUCCAGGAAAAAGUCCAUGAACCUGGUGUGGUUGCCUGGGAUAACACUUUUUAUUGUGGGUCUUCGGGAUCUCCUGUAUUCGAUUCUAAAGGGUCACUGAUAGCCAUGCACACUGUUGGCUUCAUUUGUGAGUAUGAAAGUGGGGUUUCCGGUAUCGUUGAGUUGGGAUCUUCAAUGAAACACAUCCUUGAUGAUAUUAAGCAAAAACAUGACAAAUGGUACAAUGAAAUCUGUGUUUUCAACAGGAUGUAGAAAUACUGAGUCUGAGAAUUCCAUUUCCUAUUUGGUGUAGGAAGUCCUACAGCCAGUGGUUACCUGCCCACUGGGGCGUUGACUCCUGUACUAUAUAAGCCAAUGUAGAGGAUGCCUCUGCUCCCUUUUUCUGGCUGCGGUAUUUGGUUGCUGUUCUCCUUUCAAGCAGAGAAUUCUAAUUAGUGAGUCUACCCCCUAAGUAGAUAAGCAUCUAUUUCUGAAUUCUGAGCCAGUGUGGGAUUUUUUUAAGCAUCCUUCUUUACCUAUUGUUAAAGCAGUUGCCUCUGCAUUGUUUUUGUGUAGGCAAUGAUAAUAUAUUUUUUGGACUUUUAGAUGGCGAUUUUUCUUUCAUGUAUAAUUGAUGUUUUAGUCUAUGUCGUAUAUAUACCAUGCAUUUUUGAUUGAAAAUAAUUUUUUGGUGUAUUCUGAUCACAGUUUCUCCUCUCUCAACCAGUCCCGGAUAAUCGCCAUCUUCCCACCCACCCAAAUCCACACUAUAUUUUUCUUUCUCCGAUAAGAAAACAAGCAUUGGUGAGCUCCCAUUAGAUCAGCCCCACCGUCUCAGUGGGUGGGCGCACACCUCGCCCACCCAAAUCCACACUAUAUUUUUCUUUCUCCGAUAAGAAAACAAGCAUUGGUGAACUCCCAUUAGAUCAGCCCCACCGUCUCAGUGGGUGGGCGCACACCUCGCAGUCCUGACUUCCUUGCUCAUGUCCUCCCUCCUCAUUUGGACCUUGGGAGCUCAGUCCAGUGCUCCCUGGUGUAGCUGAUCUAAUGGGUGCCCACCAAAGCAAGCUGGACUGGCACUGAUGGAACAUCUGAUCAAACCGGUCUCCCUAAACGUGUCAGACAAGGAGGCCUGACUGAGAAGCCAAGGACAAUGGCACUGGGUUUUGAUCCUACUGCACGUACUGGCUUUGGGAGCCUAGUAUGUUUGGAUGCUCAGCUUCCUAGACCUAGAUGGAGGGAGGACCUUGGA